AGCAGUAAAUAAUGGUAUGCUUUUGCAAGACUGUCCUUUAACUGAACCUCAAGUUAUUUAUAUAGGUAGAAGGUGAACACGUGUGCAGCUGCCUGUGUUUCAUAAGAUCCUAGAGUAAAGUACUGUAGGUCUACCGUCGAAUGCGUAUGAAGAGGGAAACAACCGUACCCACUUAGCCAGCCAGCUAACUAACUCUCAAGCCGACUAUUGCAACUAUCCUGGGAAGAGGUACCAACAACCUUGUGGAUUCUUCCCAUGUCGGCUAUGCUGGUGAAUUUAUGAAAGCGAAGUCCACCAGCUUCGAGCAAUGGCUAUCCUUAUACAUCGGUUCAGCAGACUUCGUUUAAGGUCUACUCUCCAGUUAGUAUCACAGCACCCAGUGUUUUCAACCAGAGCUGUGGAAAGUGUGAGAGGAGAGCGAGUUUUCUUCGGCUGUCAGACACUAUAUGGAAACCCCCGAUGCAUCCAUACUGUGGGCGGAGGAGCCGGGAGAUCUCUCCCCAGCGCUGCGCCUCCGCGCCUCCCAUUCUCCAGCAUCACCGACGACGACCUGGCCUUCUUCCGACAGCUGCUGCCUGGCCGGGCCAUCACAGACCCUGACAUGUUGGAGUCUUGCAACGUGGACUGGCUCAAGUCAGUGCGCGGUAAUAGUGAAGUACUCCUGAGACCCAAAACCACAGAAGAGGUGUCUGAAAUUCUCAGGUACUGCAAUGAGAGGAACCUGGCAGUGAGCCCACAGGGCGGGAACACAGGGCUGGUGGGGGGCAGUGUGCCGGUGUUUGAUGAGAUCAUCCUGUCCACCGCCCUCAUGAACCAGGUGCUGACCUUCGACGGCGUGUCAGGCAUCCUGACGUGCCAGGCGGGCUGCGUGCUGGAGACCCUCUCUCAGUACCUGGAGGAGCGGGACUUCAUCAUGCCCCUGGACCUGGGCGCCAAGGGCAGCUGCCACAUCGGGGGCAACGUGGCCACCAACGCUGGGGGGCUGCGCCUGCUACGCUACGGCUCCCUGCGAGGGACAGUGCUGGGGCUGGAGGUGGUUCUAGCUGAUGGACGAGUCCUAAACUGCUUGGCCACUCUAAGGAAAGACAACACCGGCUACGACCUCAAGCAGCUGUUCAUCGGUUCCGAAGGUACCCUAGGGGUCAUCACAGCCGUCUCCAUCCUUUGUCCCCGCAAACCUAAGGCUGUCAACGUGGCGUUCCUGGGGUGCUCCAGUUUCCAGAACUUGCUGGAGACGUUUCAGUGCUGCCGGGGCAUGCUGGGAGAGAUCCUGUCUGCCUUUGAAUUUUUAGACGCGUCCUGCAUGGGGCUGCUAGAGAAGCACCUGAAGCUCACCAACCCCAUCACAGAGUGUCCCUUCUACAUCGUCAUAGAGACUGCUGGGUCCAACGCAGCUCACGAUGAGGAGAAACUGCACAAUUUCCUGGAGGAGGUGAUGGCAUCAUCACUGGUGAUUGAUGGAACGGUUGCCACGGAGGAUGUCAAAAUUAAGGCUCUCUGGUCGAUGAGGGAGAGAGUGACCGAGGCUCUCACCCAUGAUGGAUUCACCUACAAGUACGACAUCUCGCUUCCCGUGGAGAAGAUCUACCAGCUGGUCACUGACAUGAGGGAACAUCUCGGAGACCGAGCCAAGAACGUGGUGGGAUACGGACAUGUCGGUGAUGGCAACCUGCACUUAAACAUCACCUCUCCGACCAAAGACCCUGCCCUGCUGGCGGCCAUCGAGCCGUACGUGUACGAGUGGACAUCGGACGUGCGGGGCAGUGUGAGUGCGGAGCACGGCCUGGGGCUGAAGAAGAGGAACUAUAUCUACUACAGCAAACCGCCCGAGGCUGUGGCCCUAAUGGGGAACAUCAAGGCCAUGCUGGACCCGCGGGGCAUCCUCAACCCCUACAAGACCCUCCCCGACAACCUCGGCCUCCACUGACCAGCCCAUCGUUAACCCCUAAAACUUCUGCCCUGACGAAAAAGCCCCACAGGUGAAUGGAUGUCACCUGAGGGACACAGGCUUGUGACCCAGAAGUCCAAGAAAUUAGGACACUCCUUCUAGACCCAAAAAAAUUACAACUACCUGGUCUUUGCUAAAGGGAUUGAUAGCCAGGAUGUUAUUUUUAUGUGUCACAAAAUGACAUAUGUAAUAAUUUAUAUUUUCUAUAGUGUAAUAAUUAUAUGAAGGCAAAGAGAUGAGCACACACAAUUCAAGUGUUAAGUAUAUUUUCAGGCUUUCAGUUGACAGGACAGUGAAGAGAUGGAAGAGGCGGACAGGAAAUAAGAGAGAGAUGGCUGAGUGGGUUCAGGAAAUGACCUCAGGCCCCUAUGGGCACUAAGUCUGAUUGUGGUACUGGAUACUGCCGCUGCGCUGUUUUAAUCAUGUCAGGCCACCUGUGCAGGACUAGACCCAGUAGUCUCUUCACACUGUAGGCAUUCUAUUGCUCACCUUCUGCCGUCAGAAGACAACCAUUGGGGAAAAAACAACAAACAAAAAACAGUUGGGGACUUGUUAAGUGUCCUACAUAUUUAUUGUUUGUUUUGUAGAAAGGCAACAUACAGUUUGUGUUUCACAUAACCCAGCAUCAGAUUCCUUAUGAUUUCUUUUUUUCUGUCCAGCAACAGCAAGUAUUUAUGCGGUGUGUUGAAAUCCAUUUGGGUAAUAAAAAUGAUUAUUUUAGUUACUGGUGGGUGGAAAAUGUUAUGGCGUUAAAACGAGAUAAAACAUUUGUUUUGACAAACACCGGUUUUAAAGCAUGUAUAUAAAUGUUUGUGUGGCUUAGGGAACUAUUA